AUGUUUUCCUCUCUUUCAGACCACGUGAGGAGUAGCAAGUCCUUGUUUUUCAAAAUGGUGAGAUGGAAAUGUUGUCUCCACAAGGACGAAGAAAAUGUGAAUUUUGCCAGACAGGAUGAACUCAACCUCAUUCAUGAAGAAGGAGAGGAAUCAACGGGAAUGGCUUCCAUGGAAUUUGGCACACACUCCCAAGAUCCAGACUACCACAUGCGCCUUCACAUCCAAAAUGCCCAGGGUACAUUGAUUACCACUUGGGAAGCUGGUUGGAAUGUAACCAAUGCUAUUCAGGGGAUUUUUGUUCUAGGUUUGCCAUAUGCUCUCCUCCACAGCGGAUACAGUGGGCUGCUUCUUAUUAUCCUGGCUGCAGUUUUCUGCUGCUACACCGGCAAAAUUCUAAUCGCCUGCCUGUAUGAAGAAAAUGAAGAUGGGCAUCUCAUAAGAGUGAGAGGCACAUAUGAAGACAUCGCUAACGCCUGCUGUGGAAAGCCAUUUCCCAAACUUGGUGGCAGAGUUGUCAACAUGGCUCAGGCGACAGAACUGAUCAUGACGUGUGUUUUGUAUCUGGUUGUUAGUGGGAACUUGCUGUCACAUAGCUUUCCAGCUCUACCAGUGACAGAGAAAACAUGGUCGGUAAUCGCAUUUGUGGGCCUGCUGCCUUGUGUGUUUAUCAAAACCCUCAAAUCUGUAUCCAGGCUCAGUCUCCUCUGCUCCUUGGUUCACUUUGUUAUUAUCUUUGUAGUGAUAACAUAUUGCCUGACCCAAACGCACCGGUGGACAUGGGCAAAGUUUAGCCGCUCUGUAGAAUUUGAGAGCUUCCUGGUUGCAGUAGGAGUGAUUAUUUUCAGUUAUACUUCACAGAUAUUUCUUCCUGUCCUUGAAGGGAGUAUGCAGAACCCUGGUGAAUGCAGCUCCAUGUUAAACUGGACUCAUUCUUUGGCUUGUGUCUUCAAGACAGCCUUAGCACUGACUGCAUUCCUGACAUGGGGGGAAGAAACUAAAGAGAUUAUUACUGACAACCUUCCAUCGUUCUUACAAACCCUGGUGAAUCUGUGCCUCUUAGCCAAGGUGCUUCUGUCUUACCCUUUGCCCUUCUUUGCAGUCACAGAGAUCUUGCACACUUACUUCUCUCCAAGCCACAAAACCAGUUUCAAAUCUCCUUGGCUUGCUAUGGUUUUAAAAAGUUCUCUCCUCUUGUUAACUCUACUGAUGGCUAUGUUUAUACCACAUUUUGCCCUUCUCAUGGGUUUAACCGGCAACGUAUUAGGUGCCGCAAUGACCUUUCUCCUUCCUUCCCUUUUCCACUUGAAACUUAAAUGGGAAAAGUUAAUGUUCCUGGAGAAAUGUGCAGAUGUAUCUGUGUUUAUUCUGGGCAUCUUUUGCAGCCUAGCUGGUCUUGUUUGUUCAGUAAAAAGUCUGUUGAAAACAUGUGGAUAA